UACGUGACCGUAACCAACUUCAGAGACAAAGCCACACGUGUUUGAAGCCUAACCUAAUCUGUUUUGACAUAACCAAAAAAAGUGUUCUUUGUUUGUUAUUAGCCGUAUAGUGUCGUUUGGUAGUAAAAUAGACGCCUUACUUUUGAGAUGGAGACGACGGACAAUAACGUGCCAUCUGAAGGUCGAGGGAAAGGGAUAAAGCGUAAGAAGAAAAAAUCAUUCAUGCAAAACGCCCGUAAAUACGGCAGAAAAGGAACUUACGGUCGGGGCAGUCACCUGGACGAAGAAACGUACAAGUACAUGAUACGCGUGCUAGAACUGAUCAGGGACAACGAUUUUCCAAGUAACGAAGAGAAGCUCGUGUUCGUUAACAAUGUCUAUGAGGAAAUGGUCGAGCACGAGGUGGAAUAUGCUAAAAAUCAAAUCGGCUCAAGAGUAAUCGACUCACUGAUGAAACAUGCAAGUUUCGAAGUUGUAACCAGGUUUGCAACCGCUUUCAUGGAUGUUCUGAGGCCAAUCUGCAGUGACAGAUUCGCCAGUCAUGUAUUACAGAAAAUCAUGAUCAUAUGUGCUGAGAGAGGAACGCGAUCUCUGAAUACCUCCACUAUACCUAAAGACGACACGACCGUUGUAGUCAAAGAAGAACACGUGAAGAUUUAUAACGAUUGGACUCUGAAGUUGAGUAAGUACAUCAUGAACAAUAUGGAGGACUUCGUCUGGGACUCUUGUGCCAAUCAUAUUAUUCGAACAGUGAUCGAGUUGCUUGGCGGGCUUAUCGGCGAUUCUUCAGACAGCGGGGAUAACAGGUCGAAAAAAAACGAGCCUUUUGACUUGAGCAAACGUAAAACUGUGCCACAGGAGUACACUGAUCUACUUUUAGAAAUUUGCAAAAGGCUUAGCGCCUGGCCGCAGCUUCCUGAGUUUCCCCGGAAUGAACUAACCUCAGGUUUACUACAAGUAUUGCUGUAUUCAGUCAAAGAUGUGGACAAACAGGCCAGCAAAGCUCUGACGAAGAAAGUGGUGUCGGACUGCUUCGACUCCCAGGACGAGACCCAAAUAUCUUCAGCUUUCAAUUCUGAGAGUUCAAUGAGGCUGCUCGAAGCGUGCUUAGCAGUUGCCAAGCCAAAAAUGUACACACAAAUUUAUGCAAAGUUCUUCAUCAACAGGAUCGACAGGUUGGCUCUGAUGGCUGGGGCGAAUUUUACCGUUCAAAGGCUAUUUAAUAAUUGUCAGGUUAAAGAGGAACUAGAGACGUUAUUUGAUGAAAUAUCACCUCAUUUUGAAGCGAUAAUUGGAAAGGGGAAUCUCGGCGUUAUAGCAAGCGUCGCUGAUGCUUGUAAAAGGUUACAGGCGAGACAAGGCGCCUUCAUCAGCGCAAUGGCUACGGCUUUGCACUGUGAACAGCCAGUGGACAGACAGAAUUCGAUUGCAUUGCUAGUGGCGCGAAUGAAGCCUUUUGAAACUUUGGCAACUGAGGACAAAGGGGGAGAGUACAGAGUCAAUUUACAUGGUAGUUUGAUCCUGCAGGCAAUGCUGCAAUUCAACAAGCCGAUCAAGAUCGUAAAUUCUUUACUUGAAUCGAGCGGGACCGACCUGAGAAUCUUGUUUGCUGAUCCUCGUGGAAGUAGAGUGAUGGAUGCUUUUGCAGAGAGUAAAUUCAUUGGAGAAAAAAGCAGGGAGAAAAUGGCCCGGAAGUUGGGCGGUAAUUGGGUCCAGCUCGCUUGCUCUAAGCACGGCUCUAGGAGUUUGGAAAAAGUUUGGCAAUGGUCUCAGAUGAAACAAAAAUUAUGGAUCAUUGAGGAGCUCGCCUCUGUUGGAGCAUCGCUUCUAGCUACAGAGGCUGGAAAAAUUAUAUCCAGCAAAUUGAAUGUUCCACUUUUUGCCAGGAGUCGGAAAGACUGGAGUGACUCUCUUGGCAAGGAAGAAAAGACGAAAGCCUUAUUUGCUGAUAUAAUAGGAGAUCCUCCAUCUGGCAAAUGAAUCGGCGAUUAGCUGAUGAUUGCUUAUAAAACUUUAGAUUUAUGGAUAAUUUGUGUCCUUGUAAAAUACGAGCGGUAAAAGAAUAAUCGAAUUUGCGGCUAUUGGACGAAAAAGUAAUAAUAAUUGUUGAUGAUUUCGAUUUAUUUAGUUGUAAUUAUAUGCAUACGAAACCAUUUUUAGUUAGUUAUUAGAAUAUAUGAUCAGAUACAUAUAAUGUAACUUUUUGGUGAGGAUACCGUUGAAUAAAUGUCGAUUUAUUUUCUAAUA